CCGGCCCCGCCGAGCCUAGAGAACAGACGUCAAACUGCCUUAUGAAUAUUGAUGCGGAGGCGAGGCUGCUUUCGUAGAGGAGCAGAAGGAAGCAAGAUGGCUGCCCUGUAGGAUUUGUUAGAAAGGAGACCCGGCUGCGACGGCGGCGGACUGCGAGGCUGAGGGACCAGAACCAGGCUGGUAAACAUUCAGCAGUUUCCCCUCCCAAGACUCUCCAUGUUCCUUGUUCCUGUUCCGCCACGGUGCUUGGAAGCAGGAGAUGGGCUCGCUCACGGUCAACAGGACAUGAUCCAGGAGGAGCUGUGAGGGACGGCGCUGCUGGUAGGAUUAAUUCAAAGGGCAGCCUUGUGGAUGGCCCCGAAGCAAGCCUGAUGGAACAGGACAGAACCACCCAUGCUGAGGGCACCAGACCGAGUUCAUUCCUGAUUGCAUCACCUUCUCCCAUCGGCCAUACGGAACCCUUGGCUGUCAAACUCCAGAAUGGAAGCCCAUUAGCAGAGAGACCUCAUCCAGAAGUAAAUGGAGACACCAAGUGGCAGUCUUCCCAAAGUUGUUAUGGAAUACCCCACAUGAAAGGCAGCCAGAGCAGUCAUGAGAGUCCACAUGAAGACAGAGGGUAUUCCAGGUGCUUACAGAAUGGAGGGAUAAAACGCACAGUCAGCGAACCAUCUCUCUCUGGGCUCCAUCCAAGCAAGAUAUUGAAACUAGACCAAAAAGCUAAGGGAGAAAGCAAUAUCUUCGGGGAAAGCCAAGAAAGACACCCUGGUAAAAGCAGCAGUCAGCCAAAUGUCUCCGGAAUAAGUGACAGUGGAGAGCCCGUGACCUCCAUCGCCCAGGAAAGUGCAGGUGCAGACACAGAUGCUUUCCCAACAUGGAACUACAAUGGAGUUGAAAUUCAGAUCCCCAAGGAGCAGGAAGGGGAAAAAGGCAGGAGCAUUACAUUACUUAAAAACAAGGUUGUGCUAAUGCCUAAUGGUGCUACAGUUUCUGCCCAUUCUGAGGAGAACACAGGUGGCGAACUCCGGGAAAAAACACAGUGUUAUCCAGAUUGUGUCUCCAUUGUCGUGCAGAGUACCACAUCUCAUAAAAACGCCCCUAGCAGUCGGGCUGCUCUCGAGUCAUCCCACGAGAUCCCUCAACCAUCGCUUACCUCAGCGCAGAUCAAUUUCUCCCUGACCUCAAGCUCGCAGCUGCCUCCAGAGCCAGCUGCAAUGGUGACUAAGGCCUGUGAUGCUGAUAAUGCCAGUAAACCAGCUGGAGUACCGGGUACCUCUCCUUUUCAGAAAGCAGAACAGCAACAAAGGUCAGCUUUGGAGAUAGGCCCAUCUCGUGCAGAAAACAAAACCAUCCAAGGAAGCAUGGAGCUAUUUGCUGAAGAAUACUACCCUAGUUCCGACCGGGAUUUGCAAGCUUCUCACGGCAGCUCUGAACAGUAUUCAAAGCAAAAGGAAACCAAUGGUGCUUACUUCAGGCAAAGCUCAAUGUUCCCUAAAGAUUCCAUCUCUCCCACUCCCGUGACCCCACCAUCACAAACACUUCUUGCUCCCCAUCUUGUUCUUCAGCCUCCUUCAGAAGGAAAAGGCGCUCUGAAUGAUGUAGCUUUGGAAGAACACCAUCACUGCCCCAACCGAAGCAACCUAACUCUUUUAAGGGAAGGGAAAAUAGACCAUCAACCCAAGACGUCAUCUAGCCAGAGUCUGAAUCCAUCUGUACAUACAACCAACCCCCCCUUGAUGCUUUCAGAACAGCAUCAGAAUGAUUGUGUCUCACCGUGCCCUGAAAAAUCAAGAAAAAUGUCAGAUUAUCUCAUGUAUUACCUGCCAAAUCAUGGCCACGGUGGAGGUUUACAAGAACGUAGCCAAUAUGUGAUGGGGCACAGGGAGCAAGAGAUUCCGAAGGAUGCAAACGGGAAACAGACGCAAGGCUCUGUACAGGCAGCCCCUGGCUGGAUAGAACUGAAGCCCUCGAAUUUGCAUGAAGCACUCCAUCAGACAAAAUGCAAGGAUAUAUCCUUGCACUCAGUCCUCCACUCUCAGACCAGCCCUGCCAAUCAGAGGAGCUCCAAACAGUCCACUGGCAAUUUCAACAUGCCAGGAGGAUUCCAAAGGCUACCUUACAUCCAGAAAACAGUUCAGCCAGAACAGAAGGCACAAAUGUACCAAGUGCAAAUGAAUCAAGGACCCUCUCCAGGGAUGGGGGACCAACAUCUUCAGUUCCAGAAAACUUCAUACCAGGAGUGCAUCCCCAGGACAGAUCUGUCACCUGAGGCUCACCUGCACGCACUGCGUGUUCCUCAGUAUCAUUUCCAGCAAAGAGUAAAUCCUUCCACUGAUAAGCAUUUGAGUCAACAGGCCACAGAGACUCAACAAUUAUCAGGCUUUUUACAACACACUCCUCACAAGCAGGCAGCACAAACACAAGCAUCCCAGAACUCAAAUUUCCCUCCUCAAAUCUGGCAGCAGCAGCAGCAGCAGCAGCAGCAGCAGUUACAGAAGAAGAAUAAAGAACACACGCCUCAGACUUUCCCUCAUCUCCAAGGUAGCAAUGAUAAGCAAAGAGAAGGCUCAUGCUUUGGCCAGAUGAAAGUGGAAGAAAGCUUUUGUGGCGAAAAUCAGUAUUCCAAAUCAAGUAAUUUCCAAACUCACAAUACCCAGGGGGGGUUGGAACAAGUACAGAAUAUAAAUAAAAAUUUUCCCUAUUUGAAAAUCUUAACACCAAAUUCAAGCAACUUACAGAUUCUCUGUUCAAAUGACAUACACCCGGCUUCUGAGCGAGAACAAGUUCGACAUCCUGUAGGAAAUAAGGCCCCAAACCUGCAGAACAUGCAGUGUUUCCCGAAUAAUGUGACUCCAAAUCAGGACAUUCAUCACAGGUGCUUUCAGGAACAAGCGCAGAUGCCUCAGCAAGCUUUACAGGGGCUUAAAGACAGAAGCCAGGGUGAGUCUCCAGCUCCACCAGCUGAGGCAGCUCACCAGAGGUAUUUGGUGCAUAAUCAAGCAAAGGCACUCCCUGUGCCUGAGCAAGGAGGAAGUCACACACAGACCCCUCCUCAGAAGGACACUCAGAAGCAUGCUGCCUUAAGGUGGCUUCUCUUACAGAAGCAAGAACAGCAGCAAAUACAACAAUCCCAGUCUGGUCAUAACCAGAUGCAUAGGCCAAUCAAGAUUGAGCCUGGAUCCAAACCUUCUUCCUCUAAAUGCCCCUUGUCACCGCCACAAGAGAAUAUGUCUAGAAGGAUAAAGCAAGAGAUGCCCUCUCUAAGCUGUGACAACGGGCAGCCAAAGAGCAUCAUUGAGACUAUGGAGCAGCACCUGAAGCAAUUUCAGCUCAAGUCACUCUGUGACUAUAAGGCUCUGACUCUAAAGUCACAGAAACAUGUGAAAGUGCAAACAAAUAUCUAUGCUGCAGAAUCAGAGAACCACAUCCAAGCUGCAGAGCCUCAGGCAACCAAGAGAACAGCUUGUUCUGUUCUCAACGAUGUUUCAGAAUCAGAUACUCCUGGUGUACAGAAUCAGAAUAACGGAUGUCAAGGAUGCAAUCCAGUCCAGGCACCCUCCACGAGUACGGUCCCACAAAACUCCACACAGCUCCAGGCCUCCCCACUCCCUGAGGAAUCAAGGGCUCAGAAGGCAGCCAAGCAAGACAAAGAUGAAGCUCCUUAUUAUACCCAUCUAGGAGCUGGUCCUGAUGUGGCAGCUAUUAGAACACUCAUGGAAGAAAGGUAUGGAGAGAAGGGAAAAGCUAUUAGGAUUGAAAAAGUCAUAUAUACUGGUAAAGAAGGCAAGAGCUCUCAGGGAUGUCCUAUUGCUAAAUGGGUAUAUCGGCGAUCGAGUGAGGAGGAGAAACUACUGUGUUUGGUACGAGUGCGACCUAACCACACUUGUGAGACUGCGGUGAUGGUAAUUGCUAUCAUGUUGUGGGACGGAAUCCCCAAGCUUCUCGCGUCAGAACUCUACUCAGAACUUACAGAUAUCCUGGGUAAAUGUGGCGUAUGCACCAAUCGUCGCUGUUCUCAGAAUGAAACGAAGAGAAUGCCAUCACCACCCAGUAGAAACUGUUGUUGUCAGGGUGAGAAUCCAGAAACCUGUGGUGCCUCCUUUUCUUUUGGCUGUUCUUGGAGCAUGUACUAUAAUGGAUGUAAGUUUGCCAGAAGCAAGAAACCAAGGAAAUUUAGGCUACAUGGAGACGAGCCAAAAGAGGAAGAGAGACUAGGUUCUCAUUUGCAAAACCUGGCUACUGUCAUUGCUCCAAUAUACAAGAAGCUUGCACCCGAUGCAUACAGUAAUCAGGUUGAAUUUGAACACCAAGCUCCAGACUGCUGUUUGGGUCUGAAGGAAGGCCGGCCAUUCUCAGGGGUCACUGCAUGUUUGGACUUUUCUGCUCAUGCCCACAGAGACCAGCAGAACAUGCCAAAUGGCAGCACAGUGGUGGUCACCCUCAAUAGAGAAGACAAUCGAGAAGUUGGAGCUAAGCCCGAGGAUGAGCAGUUCCAUGUGCUGCCUUUGUACAUCAUCGCCCCUGAGGAUGAGUUUGGGAGUAUGGAAGGUCAGGAGGAGAAGAUACGGACGGGGUCCAUUGAGGUUCUGCAGUCUUUUCGGAGGAAAAGAGUCAUAAGAAUAGGAAAGGUGUCCACGAGUUGCAAGAAGAAAGCAGAGACCAAGAAAACAGUGACCAAGAAAGCAGCAACCAAGAAAGCAGCUCGAAAGCUUUCUUCCCUGGAGAACUGCUCUAGUAGGAAUGAAAAGAGAGAGUCUUCUUCACAUACAGAGCCGAUGGAAAAUGCAAGCCACAUGAAACAGAUGACAGCACAACCGCAGCUUUCAGGCCCAGUCAUCCGGCAGCCACCAACACUCCAGAGACACCUUCAGCAAGGGCAGAGGCCACAGCAAACGCAGCCAACACUUCAGCCGCAGCCGACACCUCAGCCGCAACUGCAGCCGCAGCCACAGCUGACACCUCAGCCGCAGCCACAGCUGACACCUCAGCCGAAGUCACAGCUGACACCUCAGCAGCAGCAGCCGCUGCAGCCGCAGCUGACACCUCAGCCACAGCCGCAGCCGCAGCCACAGCCGCAGCAUAUCAUGCCUGGUAACUCUCAGUCCCUUGGUUCUCAUUCUUCUGAAUCUACCAGUGUCUGCAUGAGACAGCCUACUUCACACACUCCUUAUCCCAGCUCAGCACACACCUCGGAUAUUUAUGGAGAUGCCAACCAUGUGAACUUUUACCCCACUUCAUCUCAUGCCUCGGGUUCAUAUUUGAAUCCUUCUAAUUACAUGAACCCCUACCUUGGGCUUUUGAAUCAGAACAACCAAUAUGCCCCUUUUCCAUACAAUGGGAGUGUGUCAGUGGACAAUGGUUCCCCUUUCUUAAGUUCUUAUUCCCCACAGACUCAGUCCAGGGGUCUGCAUAGAUAUCCAAACCAGGACCAUCUCACCAAUCAGAACUUACCACCCAUCCACACACUUCACCAACAGAGGUUUGGGGACAGUCCCUCUAAGUACUUAAGUUAUGGAAACCAAAAUACGCAGAGAGAUGCCUUCACUAACUCUACCCUAAAACCAAAUGUGCACCACCUAGCAACGUUCUGUCCUUACCCCACCGCCAAGAUGGAUGGUCAUUUCAUAGGAGCUGCCUCCAGAUCACCAUACAGCCACCCACACACUGACUACAAAACCAGUGAGCAUCCCCUACAUUCUCACACGAUCUACAGCUACCCGGCAGCAGCUUCGGGCUCAGUGAGUAGUUCCAGUCAUGCCUUCCACAACAAGGAGAAUGACAACACAGCCAAUGGGCUAUCAAGAGUGCUUCCAGGGUUUAAUCAUGAUAGAACUGCUUCUGCUCAAGAACUAUUAUACAGUCUAACUGGCAACGGUCAGGAGAAACAGCCUGAGGUGUCAGGCCAGGAUGCAGCUGCUGUGAAGGAAAUUGAGUAUUGGUCAGAUAGUGAGCACAACUUUCAGGAUCCUUGCAUUGGAGGGGUGGCUAUAGCUCCAACUCAUGGGUCAAUUCUCAUUGAGUGUGCAAAAUGUGAGGUUCAUGCCACAACCAAAGUAAAUGAUCCCGACCGGAAUCACCCCACCAGGAUCUCACUUGUACUGUAUAGGCAUAAAAACUUAUUUCUGCCAAAACACUGCUUGGCUCUCUGGGAAGCCAAAAUGGCUGAAAAGGCCCGGAAAGAGAAAGAGUGUGGAAAAAAUGGGUCAGACCACGUGUCUCGGAAAAAUCAUGGCAAACAGGUAAAGCGUGAGCCCACAGGGCCACAGGAACCCAGUUACCUGCGCUUCAUCCAGUCUCUUGCUGAGAACACAGGGUCUGUGACUACAGACUCUACUGUGACUACAUCACCAUAUGCUUUCACUCAGGUCACAGGGCCUUACAACACAUUUGUAUGAUGCUGGCCAUUAGGCCAGACCACCAAGGGCAACCUGUGAGCAGUAUGUCUUUCAUGGCAUGGGCUGUAGGGACAGGUCACAGUAUCUGUGAUAAAUGCAGUGUGUGUUUGUGUGUAUGUUUAUUGUGUGUGUGUCGGGGGGGGGUUGUCAGCUCACCAGCAAAAUAGUUUAUUUUACCAUUCUACUGGAUCUCUCCCGUGGUCCGUGGUGGCAUUCAGGAAGAGUGAAGCAUCCUAUGCAAAGGGACAGUGGGAAGGAAGCGCUGGACAUUUGUUUUGAAAACCACUGGUUCUCUUAUUGGCUGAGGUCAUGCGUGUGACAUGCCCCUCACCACUCUAUACGUGACUGCUUCUAGUACUAAGUGUGUGUAAUCAUGGGACACAGUACUGUAGUAGAACAGUUGCAGGAAUCAUCUGGUGCUGAUGUAUGAUGUACUGAAAUACUGGAACUAUGACUUUUUAACAUGCAGUUUUUUUUUUACUGUAAUCUUAAUAACUUAUUUAUCAAAGUAGCUACAGAAAGCUUAAGUGAAUAAUGGCAAAACACUGAAUUUGUUUGGGUGUUAACAUUAAAUGGUGCUACAAAUGGUGUUUUUAAUAGCUGAAAAAUCGAUGCCUUCUAUCAUCCAGCCAGUGUAGUCUAGGGCCCUUGAGGAACUGGGGUACCUUUAAUUUUACAUUUCUAUCUAUCUUAAUUAUUCAGCUUAGUUUUUAAAGUGUGGACAUUUCAAAGGCCUCUGAUGUUAUCCACCGAUGUCCUUGUAGGACUAUAAUGUAUACAUAUGCACACUUACACAUGUGUAGUGAAAUAUUUUAAGUUGUGUCUUAGAAAAGCACUUUGCCUACCUAAGCUUUGGCAACUUGGGCAAUGCUAAGGUACUAAAACAUAAAAACAAAACAAAACAAAAAUAGUUUACUUUCAUUUAGGAUUAAGAGUGUCUUUGUGUUUGUUUUUUUAAGGAAACCUUUGCUUUGCUCUUAGCCACUAUCAGCUGAUAAGCAGUGUCAGGCCUGUUAUAAUCCAACCCGGAGCUGAAUGGAUAUGCUAGUCCACAAAAAACAAAUAACAGUUUUUGGUGCUCACCUUACGUACUAUCCUGUAAAACGGAGGUAGGGCAAGCUCAUCCUUCCUCCUGCAUAUACAGCUUAAGAACAUCUGUUAACUGCAGGUGAUAAUUAGCCGCAUGCUGCAGGCAGAGCAAAGUUUGCCCACUUAUGUCCAUGUUGUUCCCCCACAAGAACCUGUACGUUCUUCUGGACAGCAGGCUGCCUUUGUGUUCAUUACGUGCUUUGUGGUGUCAUUUCUUAGCUAAGUGUUAUACAUACCAGGAAGAUUGAGUGGACUGAAACCCGCAGAAAAUGAGAAGACAUGGUUAAGUCCAUAGGACUACUGGCUACAGAGCAACCAACAGAAACCGAAAGAGAAUAGGCAGCUGGUUUGUGGUGAUUUUAAACAUUAAUUUGUAUUAAAAGGUAAAAAAGAGUUGUAUAGUAAAUUAAAUUGUAAAACAAAACCUUUUUUAAUGCAAUGCUUUAGUAUUUUAGUACUGUAAAAAAUUAAAUAUAUACAUAUGUGUAUAUAUAUAUUAUAUAUAUAUAAUAUAUGAGAUUGAAGAAAAAUUCACAUCAUGAUGGUGCUACCCAGAUUGCUCCACAUAGAUCUUAAUGUGAGCUAAGAAUCCAUUCAGAGUUGGAGUAGUGUCCCUUCUUGUCAUACCUCAACACUAGCUAGGCAAUGGGAUACUGAGCUAACAGUGGAGGCUUAGAGCAUUGUAGACCACCAUUUUUUUUUAAAUCUUUGUAUUAAGACAUACCAUUUUUAAAUACUUGAUUUCUUAGCAAGUAUAACUUGAAUCUCAAACUUUUUGUUCUAAAAAUUCAGGGAUAUUUCAGCUCAUUCUCCUUAUGCCAACAUGUCAUCUGUUUAUGUAAAGAUGUCGGUUGAUAUAUUCUCUUUCAGGGGAUUGGAAUCCCUCAUAUUUUGCUUGUACAUGUACUGAUAACUAAAAGCUAAUCUUAUAAAUUUUGUCACCUUUCAAAUGUAAGUUUUGGACAGUUGGAGUUCAGCAGAGUAAAAAGUCUAAAAUAGGAAGCCUUGAGCUGGCAAAGGGGGGUAAACAUCAUCCCCAGUAAUGGCUUCUGAUCUAGUGACAAGGACAGCGUUGGACUGCAGCUCUACAGUCCUAGAAGCUGGUGGUGUGUGUGCAAUAGGACUCUUGUUACAUUGUGGCCUAAAUACAGUGUUACUCACUAGCUUUGCAAAUAGCUUUGCAUCAGUGGAGACCUUUGUAAUUUAUCAUCGGUCACAUUUGUCACUAAAAUCUUUCAGAAUGUCUGCCUUGCACAUAAAACCACAAGGUUAACGGUUUCCACACCAUGAUGUUGAGUCCACAUCAGAUUCCUGCAGGUGUGCUUGGCAAGGUUUUUUUGUUUGUUUGUUUGUUUUGUUUUUUUUUUUUUGAGCCAGCCAUCCCAAAGGAAUAUUUGCUUUACAUGUCACCCACUGUCAUUUGUCAAACUGCUGGCCAACAGGAGCAGUUAAGUGUGGUUUGAGAGGAUGGGUGGUGUAGGAAGGAAGGCAGUGACAUCCCACCUCUGUCCAUUAGAUCAAGUGGGAGGCAGAUCUGUGAUUUGCUUCUGUAGGAACAACUUGACUACAUAGCCAUACUUAUUGAUACAAGUGCUUCUGCUUGGUGUCAACAUUACUUGAAUGAAUUUUUCAUCUUGAUAGGCGCACAGUGAUGUAUAGUUCACUUUACAAGGUAGUGUGGUUAACUUGUUAGGGAAUUUUUUUGCAGUUUGACACUAAGAUAAUGAACUUCUGUGUGCAUUUUUCUAUGCUUUAUUUUUUUAAUGUAGCUUACUUCAUGAGAUGUUGGCUUUGUUUAUACAAUCUGAGGGUGGUUAUAAAUACUGUAAGUAUUGUAAUGUUAUGAAUGCAGUUUAUUUUAAAGCUGUUUAUUAUAUCAUUCCUGAUAACGCCAUGUGAGUGUUUUUAAUAAAAUUUAUAUUUAUUUAAUGCA